AUUUCAGCCUUCAGAUUCCUCUAUAGCUCUUCUUACUCGCCUCUCUCUCGCUCUAAGAAGCAUGAGUUCGAAGGAGGUGAUGAUAGAUGAAAUCCCUUUCCCAGUUGAGAUCACCAAAACCAAGCCAUUGGCUUUGUUAGGCCAAGGUUUGACUAGUCUAGAAAUCCAUUUCCUUCAGAUAAAGCAUAACGCAAUUGGGAUUUACAUAGAAAAAGAUGUCACUCAGCAUCUGGGGAACUGGAAAGGCAAAAAGAGAGCUGAGCUUGAAGACGAUAACCUCUUCUUUGAUGCUCUUGUCUCAGCUCCCGUGGAGAAACUUUUUAGAAUUGUGGUGAUAAAGGAGAUCAAGGGUUCACAAUACGGCGUACAACUAGAGGGCGCCAUAAGAGAUCAGUUGGCAGCAGCUGAGAAAUAUGAGGAGGAGGAAGAAGAAGCACUUGAGAAAGUUGCAAAGUUCUUUCAGACAUUGUAUUUGAAGAAAGAUUCUGUCAUCACUUUUUAUUUUCCUGCAACUUCUUCUACAGCUGAGAUAACAUUUAGCACAGAUGGGAAAGGUGAGAGCAUGGUUGAAGUGGAGAAUGCAAAUGUAGUGGAGAUGAUGCAGAAGAGGUACAUCGGAGGAUCGAUGGCCAUCUCCCCCUCUACGGUUAAGAAUUUGGCUGACAAAUUUGAAGCAAUCUUGUCCCAAUAGUUUCAUUUAUUUAUUUAGUUCCUAUCUAGAAUAUGUCAUAUGUUGUCUAUUUUAAUUAUGUUUUUGUAGGUUUGUCUUAAUGCUGCUUUUAUAACUUCAAUAAACGAGUUGAUAUUGGGCUUUCAAAUGGUCACUGCAUGGGAAUUAUGUCGCCAAGUAUUUGAAUAAAUAAUUCAAUAAACGCAUUGA